AUGGCGCGUGGAGAUAUGAUGCGCUGUUCGCGGUCGCUGCUCCGGUUCUUCGACUUCGCCUUGUCACUGGUGGCGCUGGCCACGGUGUCGCGCGCCUUCGUGGGGGCCUCGUACUACGGGUACUCGAGCAUGCUGGGCAGUCGAGCGGCGACGUACACGACGCUCGUCACCUACACGGGAAUGCUGGUGGGGCUGUUCUUCCUCCUGGUGGUCGAGGUGAUGCGGUUCUACCCGCGACCGACGCCACGCUUCGUCGAGCCGCUCAUCGAUCUCAUCCUCGCAGCCAUGCUGGUUGUGGCUGGAAUCGUGCUGGUUGUGUCGGACUACGUGGCCAACUGCUCCGUGUACAGCUACAUGCUGCGCUGCAACGAGUUGAAGACCGCGGUGGUGUUCACGUUCCUCGCGUCGUUCUCGUACUUCGUCACCUUCCUGUUCGACUGCUGCGAGAGCUCCAUGGGCCCGCGCCGUCAGGGGCGAGCCAACAGCGAUUCCGACGGUGACGCGGGAGGGCACCACAACGAGGGCGCGGGUGGGGACUACCACGGGGAAGCCACCCCAACGGGGGCGGGGACACCGAAAGAUGCAUCCACCCGUGUGUAA